GGCAUUUUCCUAGCGGCAUCCUAGGCCAACAUUCCUUUGCUCCUGAAUUUCUUCAAUUAUAAAUUAACACCCCACCCAGCACUCCAUCACCACCAUUCAACUAGCUGGUAACUAACUAACAAUGGAGUCUCUUACUUGGAGUACCUACCCAAUCGCUUGGCUUGCCACCGUAGCCCUCCUCCUGCUCUCCACCUACCUCCGCCGCCUCCGCCGCAAACUCAACCUUCCGCCCGGCCCAAAACCAUGGCCGAUCAUCGGCAACCUCGACCUCAUCGGCCCCCUCCCCCACCGCUCCCUUCACCACCUCUCCCUAAAAUACGGCCCCAUAAUGCACCUCCGCUUCGGCUCCGCCCCCGUCGUGGUGGGCUCCUCCGUCGAAAUGGCGAAGCUCUUCCUCAAAACCCACGACGCCACCUUCGCCGGCCGCCCCAAGACCGCCGCCGGAAAGUAUACCACCUACGACUACUCCGACAUCACCUGGUCGCAGUACGGCCCCUACUGGCGGCAGGCGCGGCGUAUGUGCCUUACGGAGCUGUUCAGCUCGCGGCGGCUGGAGUCCUUCGAGUACAUAAGGGCGGAGGAGAUGAGAGCGCUGCUGAAAGGGCUGUUCGCGGCGGCAGGGAAGGGGGUGACGCUGAAGGAGCACCUGUCGACGGUGAGCUUGAACGUGAUAAGCAGGAUGGUGUUGGGGAAGAAGUACUUGGAGGAGGAGGAAGGGUCGAUCGUGAAGCCGGAGGAGUUCAAGAAGAUGCUGGACGAGCUGUUCUUGCUGAGCGGCGUGCUGAACAUUGGGGACUCCAUACCGUGGCUGGGAUUUUUGGAUCUGCAGGGGUACGUGAAGAGGAUGAAGGCGCUGAGCAAGAAGUUUGAUGCGUUCUUGGAGGAUGUGGUGGACGAACACAACGCGAGGAGGAAAGGGGUGAAGGAUUAUGUGGCGAAGGAUAUGGUGGAUGUGCUGUUGCAGCUGGCCGAGGAUCCUAAUCUCGAAGUCAAGCUCGAGAGGCAUGGUAUCAAGGCCUUUACCCAGGAUCUAAUCGCGGGGGGAACGGAGAGCUCGGCGGUGACGGUAGAAUGGGCGAUAUCAGAGAUGCUGAAGAAGCCAGAGAUCUUCGAGAAAGCGACAGAAGAGCUGGACAGAGUGAUCGGAAAGCAGAGGUGGGUGGAAGAAAAAGACAUCCCCGACCUUCCUUACAUCCAGGCCAUCGUGAAAGAGGCCAUGCGGAUGCAUCCGGUGGCGCCCAUGCUGGUUCCCAGGCUCUCCCGCGAGCACUGCACAAUCGGACCCUACGACAUCCCCAAGGGUACCAGAAUCCUGGUCAACGUCUGGACCAUCGGCCGGGACCCCUCCCUGUGGGCCCCGGACCCCAACGAGUUCCGGCCGGAGAGGUUCCUGGGCCGGCCCAUCGACGUCAAGGGCCAGGAUUUCGAGCUCCUGCCGUUCGGGUCGGGUCGGAGGAUGUGCCCCGGGUACAGCCUCGGGCUCAAGGUGAUCCAAUCGAGCCUCGCGAAUUUGCUGCACGGGUUUAGGUGGAAAUUGCCGGCGGAGAUGAGGCGGGAGGAUUUGACCAUGGAGGAGAUUUUUGGGCUAUCGACGCCGAGGAAGAUCCCGCUUGUGGCCGUGGUUGAGCCUCGGCUUCCGCUUCCCGCUUAUUCAGUGCUGUAAGUAAAAAGUAAUUGGUCAACUACGCGGGUGGUAAUCCGGCCAUGCCCCGACGGAUGGAUGGGCCUCACUUUGUGACUUGUGUGGGAGCUUCCUUAAUUAAAUUGGGCUAUUAAAUUGGGCUUUCUGCUUGUUUAAUUCAAUCGCUCGCUGUCAGAAGUACUGUAUGUUGGAGUGUGGAGAAAUUGCAGUAGGUAGCUCGUACUAAUGGUACUAGUGGUGAAGGUAUGUAUGAUCAUAGUAAUGUAAUAAUUGAGCUGCGUCGGUUGCUGUGGAGUGUGAGUGAUGUCUGAAGCAAAGAAAAGAAUGGUUUGCUUGCUUUUGCUGGUUAAGCUAAUAAUUGGUGAAGUCGUAUAUAUAUAUAUAGAUCAUUAUUUCAAAGACUUAAAAAGGAAAAA